UGACUUCAGCAGCCUCGUUAUGGUGCCCGAAACGGGGGUGGGGAGUUAGAGCCUCGCUGUGGUCUCACAGCGGCGGGGGGAGGAGUUUCGCACUGGCUGCUUCGGAGACGCCUUCGCAGUAAGGCCACGCGCUGCUUCGGCGCAAAGCCUGGGUAAAUAUUUUAAGGAGGAGAGUGACACUCAGAGACUGGCUCAAAGGGUCCUCCAGCGAAACUUAAGUCAGCGUUCUUUCAGCAUCAUUAAAAUGGAUUUAGAAGACAACUAUGUUGAUGCUUUGGAUCCAGAGAAGUUAAUACAAUGUCCAUAUGAUCGCUAUCAUCAAAUCCGAGCCUGUCGGUUUCCCUAUCAUCUUAUAAAGUGCAGGAAGAACCACCCUGAUAUUGCACAGCAGCUAGCCACAUGCCCCUUUAAUGCCCGCCAUCAGGUUCCCAGAGCUGAGCUCAGACGUCAUAUAUCAAGCUGUGAUGACAAAAGGUGCAUUGAGCAAGACAUUGUGAGUCAGUCGAAUAACUGCCACAGAGAGAUGAACACUGUCAGCAUGUGGCAGCCGUCCCCUUGUGACGAAGACUGGGAUAAAGAGCUACAGGAGCAAUCAGAUUCUGUGUUCGUUUGGGGCACGUUCAAUAGUGGCAUAAACAACAGCCCUGGGUCCAGCGUAGUGAUGGAACCAAAGAAUAACCUAAUGCCAGGCAUGAGAGCACCCAGGUCCUUGCCAUAUAGCCUAUCCUGGAAAAGCACGGCAGCCCGGGGAAUGACUCUGCUGCAGUUGAGAGGCCGCUCUGCUCCGGGGGGUGCGCGGGGACGCCGGCCACUGCUGUCUCUGUGCGCUGAAGUCGCUCCAGCGGAGCAGGGAGGAGCUGGUAACUGAAGACCAGAGAAGAGAAGAAGCUGCUAUUGAAUGCUCAUCAUCUGUUUCCUUUAGAAAUGUGAGGUGCUGGUUAAGAGACUCAGAUAAACUCCCUCUCUGUUGGCUAAGCACUCGCAGCCCUAACCUUCCUGCAGAACUGUCCUUCACAUAUCUGGCUGCUGUCCUGAAAUCAUCCUGACCAAGGUAAUUGGACAGAAUGCUGUUAACCCUUGAUACCAGAGAUUCUCAAAAACUAACUCCAUACACGCUGGUGCCAAGGAGCUAGCAGAGUUCAAACGGUCUGAAUCCGAAUGCUCUACAAGUUACCUCCUGUAGGGUGUUUACAUUAAUCAUUACUGGACUCCUGCAUGUCUUUGCAUUAAAAUGUGUUGUGGCUGUUUACCCCUGCAUGGUACUGAUGGUGCGUUUCUCUCAUAGGGAUUGCAGUGCCAGGUCAGGCCAUUGGUCCAUGUGGGCCCCCUCACACUGGGGGUAAGCUCUCAAAGUGGUACGGCUCUCCCUGAUGAGGAGUUAGGCAUCUGAAUGUUUGGGUCCCUCUAAGUUUCCCUCUAGAGACCUUGAAUGUGUACUAGUCCUCGGGUGUCCCAGGGUCAGAUCAGCCACAGCUCUAAGGCUGCCUGUUGUGCCCAUCCACCUAGAUGUGAAAAGGAGCUGCCAUUCAGACUGUAGAUGGUGUAUGGGGGAGUCGAAGCAAAAAGCCUUUUAAACAAAAUAUUCUCAUUGCUGUUUUGAUUAGGCCUAAAAGUUCAUCUGUAAGGGAGCUGGGAUGGGGGAUUCAGGAAGGUUAGGGUGGCAAGUGCUUAGCCAACACAGAGGGAGUUUAGUCUGAGUCUCUUGAAAUGGUGCCUUAUCAAUAAAACAGUUGCACUGGGCCCUAACACCGCACCUCAUACAUGGUGCCCAGUGCAUGCUGCUGUUUGAGCACCUCUGGCCUGGCGCCCCUCUCUAGUCUCGCUCAGACUCUCUUGUGCAGUGGGGCCUUUUAUACUCAGUGGUGUUUAGUUUUGAGCAGGAGUGUGUGUAGGUGUCCUUGGACUUCAUGGGGAAGGUGAGGGAAUGUUAAUUUCUAUAAGGACUGGGGUGUCAGGAGUAUUAUGCAUGCUGGAAUGUCCCCCCGGUCCAGCACCUCGUGUCAGGUGAGCUGGAUAACAUUAAAGCAUGAGAAUAUCCAGCCAGAUCCUGGUCCAUAGCUCUGUCCCAUCUGUGUCUGUCCGGCAGAGCAAAGGGGACAGAGGGCAGCCAGGGAUUUCCCUGACAUCAAGCUGGCAUAACGGGUUUCAUGCUACCUGCCCCCUUCUCCUGGGGCAAAGGAGUGCAGGAGUGGGCCUCCCUAAAGCAUGGUACACUCCAACCAUUCUUGGCCCAAAGAGCAGUCUCAGGAGAACUGCUGUAGUCAGCAUAGUUUCAAGUAGUCCUUAGGCUGCAUUAAUUACGCUAGAAGAUAUUUCCGUCCCCGGCUGGCUCCAGCAUCGGCGUGUCAGCCAGACACAGGAUCUGGCCCAUCACAUUCUAGUCAAAUCUGCCUUGUCCUGUUCCCCUCCACUGCACAAAAGAGAUUUGAUAUUCUAAGUAAAGAGCAAAGGCCCCUCCUCACUCUUCGCCUAGCAUCACUACUUGAUCCUGCACAGGAAGGAUAAUCCUGCGCUUGACAUCCGCUUGUCACCAUGGAAACACAUAUAGGGAGUGAAGUGUGUUUGGUCAGAAAGCAAGUGUAGCAAAAUCCCCUUUUGCCACCCUGCCAUUCUGACAAGAAAUAAAAAUGUGCUCUAGUUAGUGAGCUCUUCCUGCACCCAUUGCUGCAUCCACGAGAUACUCUCUUGGUAGGGAUUUCGGUGUUCCACGCCUGGCAUUGUGGUUUAGUAGGUCCCACUUGCAAACCCGAUGAGAGAAAUGUCUGAAAACUUGUGAUAAUGGGUCAGUAGCACCUUCCCCUCUAUUAGCAUCAGCUCUGUUAUAAAACUUGUUGGGUAGUUGUUUUUUUUUAAGUCUUUGCAACUUGAAAGUAUUUCUCUUGAGGGCAGAGUUAAAUAGUCAACUUCUUAGCAGCAAAGCAAACUAUACAUCUUUAAUUUGGCCAUUAAAACUAGUCUGUGAAAAUCCCAGUGCAUGCAGAAUAACGCUCCCUAACAAUUGUAUGUAGUGGCAGCAUGUCUCUAACCUCCACGCUCCAGAUUGGCACAGUCUAUAACACCUCUAAAGAAUGCAUUCUGCAGUGUCCUGUUAGGGCAGCAUGUUCUCCUCCAGAGGGCAGAUGUCAUGGGACUGCUUUUAGGCUAACUAUUCUGAUGCAUUGCCUCAAAGACUUGUGGAGGCAGGAAGGUGCACAGACCUCAGACACUGAGCGUGCCCAUCAGCACCAGGGCAGGAAUUGAAACAGCAUUGAAAGAGCUACCUCUGGGAUCACCCAAAGGGCUUGGUGUUGGCCUUCAGGCUUGUCUACAGUGGGAAAGUUAUUGAAAUAGCUGUUCCGGAUGAACUCCCUGUGUGGACUUUUACUGCUGAGUAAGAGAACCCUUUUCUAAUUUAGUUUAAAGAUUAAUCCACAUCCAAAGUGGAUUAAGCUAAAUGAGAACAAGGCACUCGUAUUCUAGAACAGAAUGUCUACACAGGGUCUUAAACAGAUGUAGCUAUUCUGGGGAAAUUUCCAUAUGCAGAGACCCUGACUGCUCCAGGUGAUGCUAGUGGGAGGCACUGGCUUCAGUGGAGCAGUUAGGCCAAAGCUGCAUGUGUCUCAAACUCCCGCUCUCUAGUGUUAAAGGGCAAGGAAAUUCUCAGUUGGGUUUAGGGCAGAGUACCCCGUCCCCCCACUAUGUGAUCAUGGAAAUAAUCCCCUGUUGUCAGUCAGUGCUGUGUCUUGUCCCAGCCUGUCACCUGCAGCACUCCUACUGACAAGCUCUGACCUUACCCUGCCUGCCCCACCUUCUGCCCUUUCAUCUUAGUAGGGUGUUAGCAACAUGUACUUGUGACCUUACAGCUAACUUGUUAUCAGAAUCUGGGUUGAGUUUUGAUCUAAAAGAUCCAUGCAAUAAAUAACCAACAUACCCACGCCCCUUUCAAAGCAUACCCAAAAGGGGUCUGGCAGCAUGGGGGCGCCUAACUGAAAUAGAAGCAAGCUGUUUAUAACCUUUAUCUAGUAGGUUGCAGAUAAGUUACUGCAACUGCAGGGGUGUUUUUGUUCUUAACCCUCUGAAAGAUAAGACCUUAACUUGAAAGGGGACAUCUUGGAGAAGAGGACAUUUACUCCGAUGUCUCCUCUGCUCUGCCAGAGCUAGGCAAAGCGGUGCUGAACUCUGCACUCAGCUGCUCUUGAGGUUACAAACUCUCUGCUGCUCUAACACCCCCAGGUUUUUUUUAUUGCAUUUUUUUUAUUUGUGGGUUUGGAUUGUGAGGAAUCAAUCCCUUUGAUUCUUUUCAACCCACUCUCCACGUUCAUUAUCCUUGGUUUGUGAGCAGUCAGUUCAUUUGGUCUGUCACCCCCACCAACUGCUGGAGGGAUCCAUCUCUGCUAAAACACAGGACAGCAGCGUAUCCCUGAGCUGUGCUGAAGCCUGGCCCUGUUCAAGGCUUUCAAGGCACUUAGGAAAGUGUGCUCCAGAAUGAAACCGGGCUGUAAUCCUUUCUAGCAGGGCCUCUAGCAGUGCUGAUGGUGUAGGCACUCCCCUAUGAGGUCUCAAUCUCACAUGAACUCAGAGAAAAAUUGUAGCUGCUUUGCUUAGAAAAGCUGUUGUGUUGCAUGUCUUCAAAGCCCCAUGGGCAUUGGCUGAGGUUGUAGGGGAAUGGCCUGGGGAAUGUCCUAAUGAACAGGGGGACCACUUCAAAAAGUGUGGGAAAGUAUCUGAAGCUCUUCUGUCUGUCACCCUCAAACUGGCAGCUGGAAGGUGCUUGCCUGUGACCAAGUUUCAGUCUGGACCAAAACUGUGACUGAAUCUUAAUCCCUUGAAAAUAGUGGUUCCUAUUGGCACCCAGAUGCAGCUGUGACUAGUGGUACACAUAGGAACUGUGUACAAUUGGCCAGAUCCUCCUCUAGUGUGAAUCGGCGUCAGUGGAGCCAUGUAUGUCUACAACGGCUGAGGAUCUGGUCCAGAAUAUCUAACUCUAAAAUGCUGUGUUCUUGCUGAAAUGGACCCUCCAAAGGCAGUUGUACCUGAGCUGGAAACCAGGGCUAUGCUGUCAGAGACCACCCAGCAUCUUCUGCCUUGUGCAGAAAUACAGCCCUUUUCCUAACGGAGCCAGAUCUGGUGUUUGGACAGUGACUCCUGCAGUGAGACACAGGACCCAGUUCAUUGGUGCCCUUGCCCUUGUGGCUUGUCACAGCAGCUUUGCAGUGGUGGGAGUGACUGUCUCAAGGCACAGGACAGCAGUGAGCUGGGGCAGAAUGUCUGUACGCAGGAUAAAUCAGUGGUGGUUUUCCUUACAAGAAAGCUUCACCUGACCACCCAGCAACUUGAUGCUCCUCCAGGGUUAGAAACAAAGGGAAGUUUGAGAAGCCUGUUGGCGAAAGUUACUCUCUGGUUUCCUCUUUUAAAAAAAAAAGUGCAUUUGAGCUAAAGUUUUAUUUUUGGAUGUGUUCAGGCUGGACUGAAAACCUACAAUUUGCUAGUCUGAUUAUGGGUACAUAGGGCCAUUAGCAACAAUGUAACUAGCUAAUAGCCAUUGGGCCACCAUUCCUGCACUAGUUAGGUGCAGUUCUGAAAACGGGGGUCCCACAACUUGGUACCAGAUUUUCAAGAUUACCCAGGAGCUUUUGUUUUGUUUCCCAUGUUUUGGAAAUGCUGUUCCUAAAAGCUGUCCCUGGCUGUAAUUUUGUUUGUAUUUCAAUAAAACCUGUGUUUUGGGUUGCUCAGA